AUGCAGUACCGUUUUGUAUCCGUUCUUGCUGCCGGUGUGUUGGUUGGUGUUACUAGCGCCGCACCUGUGCCUUCUGCUGAGGCGCAAACGUUCGGUAACGAUCCAGCAAACACCAUCGAAUUAGGCAAACCUUCCACAGUCAUAACUUGGGGCAAACGCGACGACUCGCCCACCAACCCAGACGACGACACUUUCACCAUAGGCAAGCCCACGACGGAGGUUACGUGGGAGAAGAGAGACGAACCAGAUACUAUCGAAAACGGUGCACCGACGACUGUUGUGACGUGGGGUAAAGAGAAGCGCGCCGAGGUUGUGCAACCUGACACUAUCGACUUGGGAAAACCUACUACUGAGGUUACGUGGGGAAAGAGGGAUAUGACUGCUGCUGCCGAUCCCGCCGAUAGCAUUGAGCUUGGAAAACCCAGCACGGUUAUCACUUGGGGCAAGGAGAAGCGCGAUGAUCCUCCCGUGUUGGGCCAGCCGGAUUCAGAGACAACGUGGAGUAAGCGUGAGGCUGAGAAGCCAAAGGACGUCUUCAAGUUGGGUAAGGCUACUACGGUUGUAACAUGGUCUUGA